UCUGCAUCUUUCACACCAUCUUCCUCACCCGAAGAAAUAGUCGCUCGUUACUCAGUCGCUCGUUACUUAUCACACUCGUGUCAAAAACAAUCUUCAAGAUGCAGAUCAAGAAUUUCCUCCCUGUGGUUCUCGCUGCCGUGGCUACUGCCAGCCCGGUGGCCAACCCCAACUACAAGACUUCUACCCCAGAGGCCAAGUACCCAGCCACCACCCAGAAGGCUCACUACGCUACGUCUACCCCGGAAGCUCACUACCCCACAACUACCGAGAAGAAGGUUCAGUAUCCGGCCUCCACCCCGGUGGCACAAUAUCCGACGACCACGGAGAAGAAAAUGGAGUAUCCGACUUCGAAGCCAAAGGCCCAGUACCCCACGACCACAGAGAAGAAAAUGGAGUACCCGACUUCUAAACCAAAGGCCCAGUACCCAACGACCACCAUGGAAACUCACUACAUCACGACCACGGAGAAGAAGGUUCAUUACUCAACCUCUACCCCUGAACCUCACCACUCGACCACAACCCAGAAGCACAAGGAACACAAGGAGAAGCCAACCAAGACCAAGUCUUCUCACAAGCAUGAGAAGACCAAGCACGCUAAGGAAGAGCAUCACAAGGAAGAGCAUCAUAAGGAAAAGCAUGAUAAGGAAGAGCAUCAUUCCAAGGAGACCAAGAGGGGCUAUCCAGCCAAGUACCCGGCGAGCACUCCGGUAUCUCCUGGGUACCCAACUGCCAGCACUUACCCUCAGGGUGGCAAUGGAGGCUCGGGUGAUCAUGGUGGUUCAGGUAGCCAGGGCGGCUGGGGCGGCCUCGCGACAAUCUGCCCUUUAGGUAACACUCCUCUUUGCUGCCAAGUGGACAUCGAUGGUAUCCUGGACCUUACCUGCUCGAGCCCCGGUCUGGUCCUCAACGACCUCAACUCUAUUGAGGAAUUCGAAAGUACCUGUGCAGAGACUGGGCUCACGGCCGAGUGUUGUGUCCUAUCCCUCGCUGGUGAUGCCCUGCUCUGCACCACUGUUUAGGAUGAAAACUUGCAACGAACUUGACACUUGCAUGGGGGAUGACUUACUGAUGAACGAUUGGCUUGGGGAAUUCAUAGACGUCUACCGGUCGAGCGGCUAUUAAAGCAUCUAGUCCAUUUUGACACCUUCAUUUCUGUAACAUUCUUUAGCAUCGGCGCUUGGUCGACAUAUUUUUUGGCAGUACUGUCUUCUACAUACUUUUAUUCUAUUUAGCUUUUACCAUUCUUAACGAAAUAGAGAUUCAUGGACACUCG